CCAACAGAAUGAACAAAACCAACGAAUGAACAAUCAAAAAACCAAACCCAACAACAAAUAACAAAGAAAAAUCCCAAUUUUCCCACGCUCAUGGGAAAUUUCUCACGAGUUGUUGUUGUAACCGCGUGAGAAAAUUCCCUUGGCAGCACGCCGAAUGCAGCGCAGUCUCCAAUUGCCAAGAUACGGCAACGCCGAUGUGAGAUUUUUUUUCGUACGUUGUCGUGUUCGUGUCUGCUAGCACUUUUUACGCUGCGCUCUGCAUUUUUCAGUUUUUAUUAUAAUUUUAAACGAUUUUUAAUAAACUAUUUCACAAAAAACAUAAAAUAUAACUAGUGUAAAUAUCAAUUAACUAAAAAUAUUAAAGAAAAGUGUGAAAUUUCCAAGGAAAAAAUGUAAAAAACAUGAUGGGAUAAUUGGUGAUUAGAAAAUUUUUUCAUUGUAUUUUGUGCUCUGCUGCUUCUUCCACUUCUAUGUUAAACUCGUACGCGACUUUACAAAUUUUUUGUUGGUGUUUUUUUUAAUUGUUUAAAGUCUAUUAAAAAAUAUAACAGUGUGGUUUUCCUCGAAAGAUUUUUAAAAGCAUAAUAGCAGAAAAUGAUAAAAAAAUUGUUAAAGAGUAAAAACAAAAAGAGAGACAUAAAAGAAAAUUUGCAAUACAAAUAGUUCAAAAAAGAAAAAUAAAAACACAAAAGGAAAAUACAAGAACAUUUAAUUAAAAAAAAAUAUAUACCUAGUAUGUGUGCAUAAAAUAAAUAAAAGAAUUGCAAAAUAAAUAGUAGACAAACUUAUAAAAAAAUACUCAAGUAAAAUAAAAAGCGAUUUCAACAGAAGUUAAAAAAUAUAAAAUAAAUUUAAAUAAAACUAAUGAGAAGAGACGAAAAAAAAUCUCUUCUCACAUGUGUUGAGUUUAUUCUUUGAGUACAAAGUGAUUGUGUUUUUGUAUUUUGAAGGAUUUAUUGUUGUUGAAAUCACAAAUUGUUAUUGCACUAAAUUAUCUGCUGUCACAUGUAAAUUAUUAUUGACGAUGUCAUGAAAAUUUUGCAAAACGAAACCACCAACAACAACUCUACGACGACUUCUACAGUGACUACGCCAAAUUCAAAAGAAAAGCAACAGCAUCAGCAACAACCACCACAAUCACCUUCUCUGCCUCAGCAACAACAACAAACCUGUGUAGAGAAACGUAAAGCAAAAACAUUGAAAAAUAAAAUUCUACAAAAUGUUGCACAGCAAGAGCAGCACCAGCAGCAACAAGAAGAACAUUACCGACAGCAACAACAACAUCAUCAAAAUGCCAGUGUCAACAAUAAUAACCACAAUACGCUAUCAGCAAUGACAGAUGAGCGUAUAAAAACCAGCAAUAAUAACAGCAACAGUUCUAAAACAAAUAACAGUGUUGAAAGUAAAACAGCAACAGCUACAAAUUUAUUAAAGGAUUCAUCAUUGAAAGAUUCCUCUCCUGGUAGUAGCAACAACAAUAAUAACAAAAACAGCGAUUUAAUUAUUGCUGAAGCUGCAAAAAUUCUUUUAAAAAAUGGUUUAAAUGGCACCAAUGCUGCUGCAGCCGCUGCUGUUGCUACUGCUACAGCCACUUUACUAACAGCUGCUGCUAAUUUUCACCAGUUGCCAACAGUAGCUAAUAGCACCUCCUCAGCAAAGUGUAAUUUAACAACAUCCGCAUCGCCGACAUCACCAUCAACGUCCACUGUUUCGGAUACAUCAGCACUAGCCGCCAACGUGACAACGGCUGCUGCGGCGGCCCAUGCCCAAUUAGUGGCUAUAGCAGCUGCCGCUGCUGCUGUAAAUGCCACUAAUCACAAACGUUUAGCUGCUCCUCCUUCAUCAACAUCCACAACAUCAUCUUCAUCUACAUCAUCAUCUUCCUCCUGCAAAUCUCCAAAUCAAACUAUAAACAAUGGAUUAUUGGGCAACGUUGCUGGCAUACAAGCAACAACAACAUCUACGCCAGCCACAACUUCACAUUUUACAAAACCCUACAAAACUAGCAGCUGUAGGAGCACAAUGUCUGCUUCCAUGGACACGGGUAUUAUUGAUUAUACCAUAAAUUCCAAUAGCAGUAAUAACAUUGCUUCAUCUGCAGUAACAUCAUUAUCAUCUGCGUCGGCAUCAGCUUCAUCCUCCGUUAUUAACUUAUCUGCUUCAGCUAAUAAUAGCAACAGUAGCAGCAACUCUAAUACCGCUCAACAUAAAUUUCUUAACAACAACAUCCAUUCCCAUUCUAAUCGUUCUGAUAUUGGCAGGCCUCCGAUAUCACAACAUCAUCACCAUCAUCAAACGUCUAAUGCCAAUAAUCAUAAAAAUUCUGUGCCGGGAGGAGUUGGUGGACGUUUACAGUUCUUUAAAGAUGGUAAAUUUAUUUUGGAGUUAGCACGAUCCAAAGAUGGCGAAAAAGGUGGAUGGGUUUCUGUGCCUCGCAAAAUUUUUCGUACGCCUUCCGCAGCAACAUCGUCUACGGUAACACCAUCAGCCACAGCAUCAACAUCUGCUGCUGUAAUACCAUCUCCUUUGGCUGCAUCACCUGCGGCCAUAGUUGGUGGUACGUCAUAUCCAAAAAAUGAAUGCUCCAAUUCUUUAAGUUUUUCUGAUGACAACAGCUCGCUACAAUCGUCACCAUGGCAAAGAGAUCAUUGUUGGAAACAAGCGGCGCCACGAAAAAAUGUGUCAAAAGAAUUGACGCUAUUUUAUCGUAGGCCCGCAUAUUAUAAACUUACAACACAGGCUCUUCUGUUUGCGCACAGAAAACGUAGAAAACCUUAUGAUACGAAAACACUCGAGAAUGGUUUAGUAUUUGUAUUAAACAGUAAAAAGCAGCUUCAGCCCCAACAACAGCAAGUAGAUAAAUCUACUCUUAAUAAAAAAGAGAUGGAAUUCAAAGAAAAUAUUGAUAAGAUGAAUAAGGCAGACGAAACAAAGGAGGAUAAGGGGGGAGAUGCUAAGUGUAUUAAAUCAAGUACUGAGGACGUUAAAACAGAAAUGGGCGACGGCGAAACUAAGAAUAAUGGCGCCAAGGAAGUCGUUGACAAAAGUUCUGAUAAUAAACUAAUUAUAAAAACUGAAAUUGCAGAAACCGCUGUUGAAACAGAAGAAUAUGUUGAUGUUGAAAUGACGAAAGUUGCAUCACCUUGCAAAGCGUCCGAAACUGAGGCCACAAAAAGUCCAAGUGUUCAGAAUUCGGAGACAACUAAAGAAAAUGAUCAAGUUGAGAAAAUGAAUACCAGUGACUACACCGACGAGCAGGAGGAGGAUUUGGUGAAUUCAACAAAGAAUACAACAUCUUUGAAUGGUAAUAUCUCGAAAAGUGAUGAUGUACCUCAAAAACAACAGCAGAUUGAUUCAACAACACAAAGGGUAGAUCAAUUGAAAACAGGAGAUGAAGAAAAAAGACUUAAAAAGCAUGAAAAUUAUAAAACACGAGCCAAGCUCACAACCAUCGUACAAAAAUUAAUGGAUGCCUCGUCAUCACGCUUAGCAGCAACUGCACAUCUAUUUAAGACAUCUAAUCAACAAACAACAUCAUCUUUAGCUGCAACGCCCACAUCAUCAUCAUCUUCUACUUCAACUACAUCAGGAGGAACCAAAAAUCAAAAUUCCAAAGUUUCACCACCUUCUAAUACUGCUGCUUCACGUCUAGUCGAAUAUCAUCAACAACAUGUAUCGCCACGUAAGCGUAUAUUACGAGAAUUUGAGAAAGUUUCACUGGAGGACAACGCAACUGGAGCUGCUGGCGGUAAACGUAGUCGAGCUAAGGGCAACAAUACAACAAAUACAUCGAUGGUUUCAAAUAAUGCAAAUGUAGCCCCAUCGCCAUCGACUCCAACGGCUGCCAAUAAAUCGAUGAGUUUUAAUGCGCACAACUCAAAUGUAGGAAAUACACCAAAAUCUGCAACAAGUCCGGCUUCUUCCUCGGCACCGACUAAACUAUACAGCUCAUAUAGCAUACAUUCACUUCUAGGUGGAGGUUUAGCUACAUCUUCGUCGCCGUCUUCAUCAUCAUCUUCAGCUUCUUUAACACCAGCUGCUAAAAAAUCUACAGACAUGCCGGCAACUAUUACCAGUAGUGCAAUGGCUUUUUCUCCUUAUCCUUCUGCAUCAUUUCCUUCAAAUGCGCAUUCAAAUAAUUCACCAAAAUCUCCAGAAGGCCACAAUAUGGGCGGUGGUGGUAAGUCACCCUCAAAUUCAGCCACAAAAUCAAAAAGAUCACCACCGUAUAGUUCACCCAUGCGUGAAACUCAUUCAAGAAGUCCUAUUAAUAGUGGAGGAGGCAGUGGAGGCUAUGCUGACUAUAGUGGCCGUCGAUCUCCUCGAUCAACACCUGAUACUGCUCAUAAUGCUUUUAACAAAAUGAGAUACGCCAGCAGCAGUGGUGGUAGUGCAGAUACUGCAGCCUCACCCACUAAUCAUCAUCACUUGCAGCAUCACCAACAUCAACAGCAUCAUCUGCAGCAGCAACACUAUCAACAUCAGCCACAAACUUAUUAUUCACCAUACAUGAUGUCACCUCAUUACGUGCCGCCAUUGUCGGGUCCUAGCGCUCUCUCGCCUAAUGCAUCAUCAGUGAAUGCGUCCACCUCGUCAACGACAAGUUCGCGUUCACCACGUCAUCAUCCGUCAGCAUUUAGAGCAACAACGCCAACAUCUACAUCGAGUACAACACAUAACAUUCCAAGCAUACAAAAGGGAGAUUUAUCGCCACAACGUUCAACUACGGCAUCGCCACGUGAAACUACACCUCGAACUGUACCAAAAAAGACUGCUUCAAUACGACGACAAUUCGCUUCGCCCACAUCAGCCACCCAAAAUCAUAGCAGCAGCAAUUGCUCCUCACCAACAACGACCAUAGACAGUCGCUGUGACGACCAGUUGACGAGUGACAGAAGAACACCGGUAAAUACCACCACAACGCAUCAGCAGCACCAACAGCAGCAGCAUUUAAUGCAAAGAGGCUCACCAGGUAAUCCCAGCUUGGCAGGAUCUCCAAUACACCCAUAUUCGUAUUUAUAUGCACAGCCGCCUAAUGGUGGCAACAGUCCACAUUCUUCAAAUGCUGCUACAUCCAAUCAUCCAUCAGCUGCUAUGUCGCCAUCAUCAGCAAAUGCUUCGGCGGCCGCUGCGGCCGCAGCUGCUGCUUCAUACAUUCCAGCCGUUGUGGGAUCACCGUAUUACCAUCCAUACAUCUCGACAUUGGCGGCAAUGCGACAUCCACAAAUGUGGAUGCAACAUUAUCAAAGUGCUGCAGCAGCCGCUGCAAAUCCAGCCCUAAUGCAAGCCCGACAUCCGGCCAUGUUGUCGGCAGCUGCUGCAGCUGGAGCUGCCGCUCGUUUGUCACCACCAUAUCAUGGUUUCCAAUACAAUGGUGUAGGCAAUGCAGCUGCAUUAGCAGCCGCAGCUGCUGCUGCUGCCGCUGGUUUCGGUAGCACAGCUACUCCUCAUCAUCCAUCGAAUGCAUUAUCACAUCCUAGUUCUAUGUUCAAUCCCAUGGCAAGUAGCAGUUUGCAUGGCAUGCAACAUCCAGUAACAGCAAUGCAAACAGCAGCAGCAGGUUUAGUCCCUGCAUCAGCCGCAGCGGCAGCAUUGUCUGCAGCAGCAUCACCAAUGACUGAUACAACUGAUCUUUCCAAAUCUUCGAAGAACAAUUUCUCCUCUAGCGCUUCAUCAUCAACGUCGUCUUCGUCAACGGGAGCAGGAGGAGGUGUUGGGGGUGGGUUAGCAGUGCCUGGGUCUUCUGGAAACUCUAUGUAUACCAUUAGCAAUAAAGAUGAACAAAGUUCAGAUGUACCGUUAAAUCUAUCGAAACAUUAAAUAUGAAUAAUAUGGUUUCCAUUUCAUUAAAACGAAAACAAACACACACCCUAUUAGAAAAAAAGAAACUAUAAGUAAGUGUUUAUUGAAUAUAAAACAAAAAAAAAAAUAAAAACAAUUAUUACAUAUAUGUAUUUUAUUUUGUUUACACUUUUAAGACAUUUAAAUUUAAAAUAAGUUUAACCAUAAUUUCAUAGAGAUUUUUAAACGCGUUGCAUGAAAUAACAUUAUAACAAGGUGUAUAUGAAACUGUAUGUAUUGUAUUUAAUAAAAUAUCUACUAAUAACAAACAAUAAUAUUUAAAACAAAAGAGAACAAAACAAAAAACGAGAAAUAUUUACAGAUUUACAUACAUAUAUGAAAAAUAAUGGAAAGAAGAAACAAAAUAUAAAUAUUUUUUAUAACUAUAUAUUUAAAAUAAAGACGGACUUGGUUUAUUUGCGUUUUGUUUUAUAACUUUAAAACUACAAAGAAAGAUUCCUGGGUUUUUAUGCUGUACGAUUGUAUGAAUCUCAAAUAAUAAUAUAAAACAAAAAUAUAGUAUAUGUAUAUUUUUUUAAAAUUAAAUAGACUGAAUUUAUACGCAAAACAAACUAAAAUAAAAUCACUGCAUUUUACAGAUUUUUUCCACAUUUAUAUACACAAACAAACAAAUAAAGAAACAAAGAAAAUCAUCGUGCCUUUUUGUAAAAAAAAACCGAAAUACUUGACAAAAAAAUAACUAUUUUGACUUAUGAAAAAUAUGUAUUUACAUACUAGCACAUUUAUUUAUUUUUCAUCAAAACUCUAAAAUCUUAAUUAAAAUAAAAUUUCUCUAAUGUACAAUAUAAUUUAUUUUUGAAGAAACUCUUAUUUUUUAGAAGCAAAAUCAACAAUUUUUUAUGAAAAUCUUAAAAUUUAUUAAAUGUAAAAAUUCAUUUUAGAAAACGCGCAGGCGCAACAAUUUUGAAAAGAUAAAUCAAACACAAAAAUAUUAAAAAAUGAAAAAACCUUGAAAAAUUUGCAAUUUAUAAUGAAUUACCUUAAUAUGGGAAAACGAGCAUCAGCUUUUCGAUGAUAAAAAGAAAUAUGCCUUUUUCUUUAAAUUCUUUUUUGUCAUUAAUAUUAAAUAAAUUUGGAAAAUUUAUAGAUAUUUAAAAAAAAAUCUAUAUAUGUAUGUGGAUGUGCUUGAUUUGUUUCCUUUUCCCGAAUAAAUGUGAUUUGAGAAAAUGAAACCAAUAAUUCUAUUUCCUACAACUGUACUUUAUUUAAUUUUCAGCCAUAUUGAAAAAAUCAACAUACAACUUCUAGUUUCUACAACUGUUCACAACAAAUAUAUAGAUUCUAAUUCAGUACGAGCAACGAAACAUUUUUCUAGAAAGUUUUUUAUGGAAACAUAAAAAAAGCAUUUAUUUGAAAACUGAGCAUUUUAUCGUUAAUUUUUGUUAAAAUCGACGUUGUUUUAAAAUAGAAAUUUCCAAUAUUUUUUUAAAAAAACUAAAAGUAUAUAGAAAUAAUAAAACAAAA